UGGCCCGUAUUGGGUUUCUGCUUCUUGGUUACGGGGAGGUCGGAAUGUUGAGCGCGGCUGGAUCCUGGAGCCAGGGAAUGGGCCCGGGCCUGGGCCUGGGCACUGGGUGAACGACUCUGAGAGCGGCCACCCAGUGCCCCCGUCAGGGGCAAAUCCUUUGCGGCUCUGGUGAUGAAAGAGUGCGAGUACCGGCAGAUCGCGCUGGCGCCCGGGAACGGCUCCACGCCAGCCUCCCAGGCCCCGGCCUCAAGGAAGCAGCGGCGCCGGCGCAAGUGGGAGUCAUUUGCGGGGAAAAACCGGUUCUUUUGCGGUGGGCGGUUGAUGAGCGGACGGCAGAGCGGCGCCUUUUACCUGACUCUGGGCUUGAUCUUCAGCACCAGCGGCCUCUUCUUUGGCUUCGACUGUCCUUACCUGACAGAGAACCUGACUUUGGCCAUUCCAAUAAUUGCGGGGCUGCUCUUUGUGUUUGUGGUGAGCACCUUGUUGCACACAAGUUUCACGGACCCUGGGAUUCUACCACGAGCCACUCCGGAUGAAGCAGCCGAUCUGGAGAGGCAGAUAGAUAACUCUGGGGGGUCGGGUUACCGGCCCCCACCUCGCACAAAGGAGGUGGUGAUAAAUGGGCAGACGGUGAAACUCAAGUACUGCUUCAGCUGCAAAAUGUUCCGGCCUCCACGGACAUCACACUGUAGCCUGUGUGACAACUGUGUUGAACGAUUUGACCAUCACUGUCCUUGGGUUGGAAACUGUGUUGGGAAAAGGAAUUACAGAUUUUUCUACAUGUUUCUGCUCUCACUUUCCUUUCUAACUGCUUUCAUCUUUGCCUGUGUGAUAACUCACCUCACACUCCGAUCUCAGAACAUUGGGUUAUUAAAUGCACUCCAGGAAACUCCAGCAAGCGCACUUGAGCUGGUGGUCUGUUUUUUCUCAGUCUGGUCCAUUCUGGGCCUCUCAGGGUUCCACACAUAUCUGGUGGCUUCCAAUCUGACAACAAACGAAGAUAUUAAAGGCUCGUGGUCCAGUAAACGAAGCUCAGAAGAAAACACUAAUCCCUACAGUUACAACAGUAUUGUCACUAACUGCUGUGCAGUUUUGUGUGGACCAAUGCCUCCCAGUUUAAUUGACAGGCGUGGUUUCUUGGACCCAGACACAAUACAACUGCCUGGGCCCCAACGUAAGGUUUCUCAGGGAGCAAAAACAGAAGUCAACCUGUUUGACCAGGGCCCUUGUGGUCAAGGUGUUAAUUUUAUUUUCCAGAGUACACCCACUUUCCUUUUCCAAUCAAGUUUGUGUGUCCUGAAUAAAACUGUGCCAGAGAAGGCAGCUGUGGUUUGUGCCACCGCGCCCCCUGGCUACAUCAAGCCUCCACAUCCGCAAGGAAAAAGUACAGUGCAGCUGAAGUUUCAAGCUUCAAGGACAGGCUCUUCCCCCAGUGCAUGAGCCAUCCCAGAUCAAACAAUCGGGACUACUGCAGAUCUUGGAAAUGGCUAAAUGUGAGCUAUUGGAAAGACCGCAUGACACUUGGAUCAGUUAGCACAAAAAGCUAUUUUGCUAUUGCUGCUUUGCAUUGGAGCAUUGAGAGACAUGAGGAGCGCAGUCUCAUCUAUAGUAUCUUCAUCUUGGUGACUGGAGUUUCUGUAGAAAGGAUUUGCAAAUGUUCUGAAAUUCCCAAAUAUUUGGACAUACUGAAUCUGUAGAACUACUGUUGAAAAGACUGAAUAUGUGGAUGUGACUGGAGCAGAUAGGCUUAAUUGGAUGAAAACCUGGAAUUUGGUACAAGUGCUCAUUGGCUUGAUAAUUGUAACCGGUUUUUUAGAUCACAUGACUUGGAUCAAAUCUCACUGAUUUGCUGGCAGUAAACGAGUUUUUACCCAGCGUCAUGAGUAGCUAAGAAACAAAUUAGUCGAUUAUUCACCUUGAUUAAAUGCCAAAACUGCCAUUAAGUGCAUCACACUUGAAGCAGGGACAGUCAUCAUUCCUUCCUCUGGGUUGAAGUGCUUUGUUGUGUAUCUUUAUAACCAAAUAUGAUCAAUUACUAGCUACACUCUGUAGAACUAACGCUAAAUGCUAAUGUGAUAUAAGCACAAUAUCACAGCUGGGAAGUGGUGCCAAGUAUCAGAUGGGAUACCCAGCAUGCCACACCAACUCUUAGUUGUAGUAGUUCAGAGGUCAUUUUAAUCUGCAUCCAAAUCAAACUAAAGGGAUCGAGGAAUCAAUAUUUACUUCAUAAUACUUAUACUGCAUAUGACUGACCAUGUGCUUGAUCCACAAGUCAUACAGAUUUAAUAAUUCAGAAUUUUAUUUGCAAAGUACGAGGGUUAAGUAGUUGAGGAAUGUGUUUUCGAUCAUUUGAAUCAGAAUUUGCAGCACUUAUUAUCUAAAUUACCUUAAUGAAUAAAACUCACUUUUUCUGCACUUCUAUACUAAAGGUGUUUGUGUUCAAUCAGCAAGUCUCUGAGGUAAUCAGUGUCUGUAGUUGUACAACACCAAUCAUUGCUUCUCAAAUGUAUCUGAAAGUGAGGUUGUGCUGUUUAAUUGGCUCUGCCGUCUGGGAAGAUGAUUCUUACUAAAUAUCUGCAACUUGAAAAAUAUCCGUGGGGUUCAAUGGUGAUUCCAUCAAACUACGCCAGCACUUUGAAACACAAUUUAUUGUCUGAUGUUCAGAGCUAGUUGAACCGUCAACUAAACAAAUAAAGCAGUUGGAAUGAACGUAAUUGACCAGUUUCAGUGUUGAGGCUGCACUCGAGGGCUAUUCUUUAAGAAUGAAAUUUUGGUCACCUGAUUUCAAGUGACUUUAUCUAUAAUCUAAACUACUAAGCAAUACUGGCGCCUCUGUUUUGUGCGUUGCUUCAGGUGAUAUGAAGUGCCUUGUGCAACUGCUUUGUAUUUAUUCUAAAAUGCAUCAGUUUACCAUUGAACAUAGUUAUCCUGUAUUCAGUUCAAUAAAU